GCACCGAUUCGACCCAAGUCCCCAACCCUCUCCCGCCGCACCACCACCUCUCUUCUUCUCCCUCUCGCGGUCUCGCCUCCAGAUCGCCCCCGCAAUUCCUCCGAUCCGUGCAACGCAACGCCCCUGCCCUGGGCGAGCUCGAGAGCGCGCGCGCGCCCAGAUCUGCGCGGUCUCGCCUGCGAUGGCGUGCAUCAAGAGCGCGCAGCGGGCGGCGCUGACGGCGCUGGCGCCGGACGCGCCGUACCUCGCCGCCGGCACCAUGAGCGGCGCCGUCGACAUCAGCUUCUCCGCGUCCGCCAACAUCGAGAUCUUCCGCCUCGACUUCCAGUCCGACUCCCCGGACCUCCCGCUCCUCGCCUCCGCGCCUUCCCCGGACCGCUUCAACCGCCUCUCCUGGUCGCGCCCGGGCGCGGUGGAGGGUGACUCCUACGCGCUGGGCCUCCUCGCCGGAGGCCUCAGCGACGGCUCCGUCGCCGUGUGGAACCCGCUGAGCAUGAUCAGCUCCGAGGGGAAAGCGGAGGAUGCUAUGGUCGCGCGGCUGGAGAAGCACACCGGGGCGGUUUGUGGAUUGGAGUUUAGCGAGCUCACGCCGAAUCGGCUCGCUUCAGGGGCUGAGCAGGGGGAGCUUUGCAUCUGGGAUCUCAAGAACCCAGUCGAGCCAGUAGUGUACCCACCACUCAAGCAGAGUGUUGGUUCCAGCGCCCAAGCAGAAAUCUCUUGUUUAUCCUGGAAUCCCAAGUUUCAACAUAUAUUAGCAACCACAUCUACUAAUGGGAUGACAGUUGUUUGGGAUUUAAGGAACCAGAAACCACUGACUAGCUUUUCAGAUUCUAUUAGAAGGAAAUCCUCUGUUCUUCAAUGGAACCCAGACAUGUCCACCCAACUGAUUGUUGCAUCAGAUGACGAUAGCUCACCCUCACUGAGAGUUUGGGAUGUGAGGAAGACCAUUUCACCCGUAAGAGAAUUUGUUGGCCAUUCAAAAGGCGUGAUUGCUAUGUCCUGGUGCCCUUACGACAGUUCGUUCUUGCUUACAUGUUCCAAAGACAAUAGAACAAUAUGCUGGGAUACUGUUAGUGGAGAGAUUAUUAGUGAGCUACCAACCAGCGAUAAUUGGAAUUUUGACCUUCACUGGUAUCGAAAAAUUCCAGGCGUCAUAGCAGCAUCCUCGUUUGAUGGGAAAAUUGGUAUAUACAACCUAGAGUUCUCUGGACUUUAUGCAGCUGGUGAUGCUGGUGGUGCCCCAGCAUGUCCAAGAGCUCCAGCUCCAAAAUGGUUGAAAUGCCCCACUGGUGCAUCUUUUGGCUUUGGUGGUAAACUUGUUGCUUUCCAUCCAGCAGCACCCACCCAAGGCGCACAAGCGUCUACUUCUGAGGUGCAUGUACACAAUUUGGUGAUUGAGCAAAGUUUGGUGAGCCGGUCAACUGAAUUUGAAGCUGCUAUACAGAAUGGUGACAAGAGUUCGCUGCGUGCUCUGUGUGAAAAAAAAUCACAAGAAUCAUUAUCUGAUGAGGAGAGAGAAACAUGGGGCUUCUUAAGGGUUAUGUUUGAGGAUGGGGAUGUUGCAAGGACAAAAUUACUUGCUCAUCUUGGCUUUGAACCGCCUCAGGCACCAACUGUGGAUUCAACUGAUGAACUGAGCCAAACAUUGGCGGAUACACUUAAUCUUGAUCAUGGCACAGCAACCGAUAAUGCGGAUGCUCAAUUUCUUGUCGAUAACGGGGAUGAUUUUUUCAAUAACCCUCAACCUUCAGAGGCUAGCUUAGCUGAAGAAUCAAUUUCUACAAAUGGUGAACAGAUAGAGCAGGAAAUACCUGGAGAUGUUGUGCCAUCUGAUCCAUCAAUUGACAAGAGCAUUCAACAUGCAUUGGUUGUUGGAGACUACAAAGGUGCAGUUAACCAGUGCCUUGCUGCAAAUCGUAUGGCUGAUGCUCUGGUUAUUGCCCAUGCUGGUGGUUCUGCUCUAUGGGAAAGCACAAGAAAUCAGUAUCUUAGAAAGAGUAUCUCGCCCUACUUAAAGGUUGUUUCUGCUAUGGUGGGCAAUGAUUUAAUGAGUUUCGUGAGUACUUGGCCACUAAGUUCGUGGAAAGAAACUCUUGCGCUACUGUGCACAUUUGCGCGGAAAGAGGAAUGGAAUGUUUUGUGUGACACACUUGCAUCUAGACUCCUGAGUGUUGGAGAUACACUAGCUGCAACUCUCUGUUACAUCUGUGCUGGAAAUAUUGACAAAGCUGUGGAAAUAUGGUCUCGCAACUUGAAGUCUGAAGAUGGGGGGCAGACUUAUGUUGAUCUUCUCCAGGAUUUGAUGGAAAAGACCAUUACUCUCGCCCUUGCUACAGGCCACAAGAGAUUUAGCGCGUCACUUUCUAAGCUUGUUGAGAACUAUGCUGAACUGUUGGCCAGUCAAGGUCUUCUUAAGACUGCAAUGGAGUAUUUGAAACUGUUGGGAUCAGAUGAGCAUUCACAUGAGCUGGCAAUUUUGAGAGAUAGAAUUGCACUUUCUACAGAAGAGGUACACUUUCCAGAGAAUGAUGCUGCUAGGAGUUCUUUGUCUGGUAGUACUGGCGCCAGUUCCCCCUAUGUCACAAAUCAUAGUUAUAUCACCCAAGACCAGCCUCAGAAUCUUCACCAGCAGGUACAAUCGUAUAAUCUGCAUAGUAGCACAUAUUCAGAUGGUUACCCUCAACAAUCUAAUGCAGCCUUUGCAUACAACAACCCAUAUCAACCUCAACCACAAUUUCAAAUGUUUGUUCCACCAAGUGCACCGAUCAGCUCUCAGCUACCACAAGGUUCUGCUCCUGUACAGGCACCACCGCAAACAGUAAAGACAUUUACUCCUGCAAACCCAAUGGGUCUGAAAAACGCAGAACAAUAUCACCAACCUAAUACCUUGGGUUCCCAGCUUUACAUGCCUGCUGCAAACCAGCCAUAUUCUACUCCACCAGUCCCUUCUCUUGGUCCUACUGCCUCUGUACCAGGAACGGUCCCUAACCAGAUGUUUCCCCAUUCUGCUGCAACUAACUCAACGGCCAGGUUUAUGCCAUCAACCAAUCAAGGCUUUGUUCAGAGGCCUGGCUUGAGUCCUGCGCAGCCCUCAAGUCCAACACAGGCACAGGCACAGGCACAGGCACAAGCACAGGCACAAGCAGCUCCUCCUGCACCUCCCCCGACUGUGCAGACAGCUGAUACAUCUAAGGUGUCUGGUGAAUUGAGGCCUGUUAUUGCAACAUUGACCAGAUUGUUUGAUGAGACAUCCAAAGCCCUUGGGGGUUCACAAGCUACUCAAGCAAAAAAGCGUGAAAUCGAAGACAAUUCAAGGAAAAUAGGGGCAUUGUUUGCCAAACUAAAUAGUGGCGACAUAUCUCCAAAUGUUUCAUCAAAACUCAUUCAGCUGUGCAGUGCACUUGAUAGUAGUGAUUUUGCCACGGCGAUGCACCUCCAGGUAAUCUUGACAACAAGUGACUGGGAUGAGUGCAACUUUUGGCUUGCGGCAUUGAAGCGUAUGAUCAAGACACGGCAGAACUUCAGAAUGUAAACCUGUGUGGCUUUCUCCUGCAGCCAGUCCUGUAUACACAUUUUCUGCUUGUCAGAGAUGUUAGUUUUAGCAAUUCAGUGGGUUCGCCAGCACAGGGGUGUUAUCCUGCUUCUUUGUUCAGGUCUCCCGAUUCUGCCUUAAGCUUGGUGAAAGUGGUCUGUUACUUCGGUGCUGUUAUACAUUUUGAUAAUAGUUUUCUUUUUCGACAUUUCUUGGUAAGAUGAUCAGGUGUUGGAUUGAUGGUUUUGGAUGUUAAUUGUAUGAGGCAACUUAGUCUGUGUUAUAGCUGGUUGAUUAUCUUUUUUAACUUUAAACACUUUUGACAGUGGAAGAACUCUAUGAUCAAAAUACGAUGGACAAUGGCCUGUUCUUUUGUACCGCGAACAGAAAUCAAUAAAUUUCUCAGAAUCUUAGAUUUUA